UCUCUUUGUGGAAUUCCAAACCCAAGCCCCAAGAAAAGCAACAAAUUUCUCUCUAGCCCCUGUGCUAACCCUAAUAUCUGUAACCUGGCUUUCAGUUUUUCUUGUUUUGUUGUUCUCUAUCAGGUGUCGGAGCGGAGCAAGGGGGGGUGAGCGGAAUUAUUAUUGUUGUUGUAGGUGAAGAAGAAGACGAUGUCUGCUGCUGUGUGUGGGAGCAAGAGAUCCUUCUUCGAAGAGCUUCCGUCAUCGCCUCCGGUCGCCAAGAGAAUCCGUUGCGCCUCUUCUUCUUCGCCGAUUCGGUUCUCUGCCCCCUCUCUCCUCGAUCAGCUCCGCUCCGUAUUUCCUCACAUGGAACUUCAUAUUCUUGAUAGAGCACUACAAGAAUGUGGUAAUGAUUUGGAUGCUACCAUCAAGAGCCUGCAUGAGCUUUGCUUGGAAUCUACUGAGGGAAAUUUAGGUUCUGCUGAAGAAUCAGAUGCAAAUGUGGAGAAGGUUAGCUUAAUAAAUGAUGAGAAUGCGGUUGCUCCUGAUAAUUUGUCAACUCCAAACAGCCUUCUUGUGGAAGGUGCAGAAUGGGUAAACUUGUUUGUAAGGGAAAUGAUGUGUGCUACCAGUAUGGAUGAUGCUAAAGCUCGUGCUGCAAGACUGCUAGAGAUUUUAGAGAAGUCCAUCAAUUCACAUGCUGGUGCCGAGGCAACACAAAUUCUUCACAAGGAAAACAUGAUGAUGAAGGAACAAAUUGAGGGACUCAUGCGGGAGAAUGCCAUUCUCAAGCGUGCUGUGGCUAUCCAACAUGAACGUCAGAAAGAGUACGAUGAUAAGAGCAGAGAAUUGCAGCAUUUGAAGGAGUUGGUGUCUCAGUAUCAAGAACAAUUGAGAACACUUGAGGUGAACAACUAUGCCUUGUCAAUGCAUCUGAAGCAUGCUCAGCAAAGCAGCUCCAUUCCUGGACGAUUUCAUCCUGAUGUCUUCUAAGAAAGAGAGGGAAGUUCCGCUUUCGAUAACUUAUUUUAAAUUAUAAUGUUAAAGGCUGUGUGUAGCAUAAGUUGCGGCUAUUUAUGUCUCAAUGUUCCCUAGUUAUGCUUAUAAUACUAGGCAAUCAUCCCAAUAUGGAAAGUUUAAGCCAUCAACAAUAAUUUUCAGUCAAUUUCGUCUUUAUUUAAUGAACAUUUUAUAGUUUGGUAUGAAUAGUCUAUGGUUAUAAUUUGUGCUAUACAUUCCUUAAGGAAGGUUUGUUGUUUGCUAGAAUCUCUUUUUUAGCAAAGCCCAUGCCCAAUUGUAUUGAUUUUUAGUUACUUGAGUUUGGUUGUGAUCAGCUUGAGUUAGAUUGUAUAAAUAAACAUUGUAAUGAAUAAAGAGGUAUUGAAUUUGUGAUUA